AAUGGCAAAGCGAAAGCAAGGUGUCGAGGAUGCUGCCGACGAUAGAGGCUCGGACUCUGAUGUCAGCCUCGUCGACGUCGACUUCGACUUCUGCAGCCCCAACCCCGACAUCGACUACCACGCCCUCAAGAAGCUCCUCGUUCAGCUCUUCCAACGCGACGCCGAUUCCUUCCAUCUAGAAGCCCUCACGAACCUCAUCCUCAGCCAGCCCGGGAUCGGAACGACGGUGAAGACGGAUGGGGAGGAGGGCGAUCCGUAUGCGGUGCUGACGGCGAUCAGUGUGCGUGAGAAGAGGGACCACCCCGCAAUCAAGGCGCUUACAGAAUACUGGGUGCAGAAGUCAAGCGCGCUCCCCGAAAUGCAGCAAGAUUUACAACGAUUACUCGACGACGCGUCAAGUCAUGUCGGACUCGUGCUAUGCGAGCGCCUGAUCAACAUGCCGGUGCAAGUGAUCCCGCAUAUGUACAGGAUGCUCGCGGAGGAGCUGAAGGCGGCGGUGGAGGGGGGCCAGCCCUUCAACUUCACCCACCUCCUCAUCCCCUCCCGCACGUACCACCUAUCAGAAGAGGAAGAGCGCGCGCUCGGGGCGCGGCCAGCACGAAAAACAAAAACCAAGAAGGUCAAGACGCCCGCGCAGCAGGCGCAGGUGGCGAUGACGAGGCCAGCGGACGGGGUGUAUACGUUCCACCCGGAGGAUGAGGUGAUUCGGGAGGCCGCCACCCACACCCUCGACUACCCCUUCUCGAAGGAAGAGCCGCGCGACAAGGAAUCCUUCGGGCUCGACACGCGCGGGCGGCUGAUGCUCGUGCCCGCGGAGCGGUUCGUGGAGAUGGUGCGGAAGAUGGGGGAGACGUAUUGUUGAGGGAUGCUGGCUAUGUGGGGAGGGCUGGCGGGGUUGGGGUGUGGACGGAGGGUGCAGGGUGCAGGGUGGUGAUGAGGAGGAGGGAGUUGAGAGCGAUGAGGUAUGGACGCGACCUUCGGAUGGGAGUGAAGUUGAUCGCUGUCGUUGAGCUCUGUUGUAUUGUGCUAUCCUGCCACUCGGUUGUACGAUCCAGGUGUGCAAUGUAUAUUGUAAGCCAAGUGCUGUUUAGCACUAUUCAAGGUGC